AUGGCGCCAAGGAAGACUACCAGGAAGAAGACGAAAUCUCCACCGUCUGAUCCUCAAGGAAUGUUCUCCGGAAUGGUGGUUUAUUUAAUCGAUACAGGAGUUCAAGCUCGCCGGUUAGAGAUUUGGAAGCAUAGAUUAGAGCAGAUGGGGGCAAUUCUGGAUGAUAGUUUCUCGAAGAAGGUUACUCAUGUAUUUUCCAUGGAUUUCAGUUCACUGCUUCAGAAGAUUGAUCUUGAAAGCUUACCCCGUUCAACAACUAAAGUUCUCUCCUAUCAGUGGCUGGAAGACAGCUUGAGAGAAGGACAAAAGGUACCUGAAGAAUCAUAUAUUCUGUCUUUGGAUGCUGGAGGCGGUGGUGAACAGGUUAGCAACAUUGCUGAACAGACUUCCACUAAGCCUUUGGAUGAUGAUACUUCUGGCGCUGAUGAAGUGGAACGACAAAAAAGGGCAAAACUUUCAGCGCAGGAGUCCAAUAAUGCACAGCUGAGGAAUGGAGUUAAGACAAUACAGAAGGAUGGAUCGGAUUCACCACAUAGUGUCAGUGGCUCUGAAAGCUCAAUAAAUACUUUAAGUCCAGACACUGCUAGCCCAUACCUUGAUGAUCAAAAGAAGACAGUAACUGAUGUAAGCUCAGGUGGUUCCUUGCUUUACAACCCUCCUGAUUUAAAUAGGAACAUCACCGAGAUAUUUGGGAAGCUUAUCAACAUAUAUAGAGCCCUUGGUGACGACCGGAGGUCAUUUAGCUAUUAUAAAGCAAUUCCGGUGAUUGAAAAGCUUCCCUUCAAAAUUGAGAGUGUUGAGCAGGUGAAACACUUGCCUGCUAUUGGCAAGUCAAUGCAGGAUCAUAUUCAGGAGAUAGUGACCACUGGAAAGCUGUCAAAGUUGGAGCACUUUGAGACUGAUGAGAAGGUUAAGACAAUUAGUUUGUUUGGAGAAGUGUGGGGCAUUGGUCCAGCCACUGCGUUGAAGCUCUAUGACAAAGGACACCGGACUUUGGACGACCUAAAAAAUGAAGAAUCAUUGACACAUGCACAAAGAGUGGGAUUAGAGUACUUUGAUGAUAUCAAUACAAGGAUUCCACGGCAAGAGGUUGUAGAGAUGGAACGUCUACUUAUAAAAGCUGGAGAAGACAUUUUGCCAGGGGUUGGCAUUGUUUGCGGAGGAUCAUAUAGGCGGGGAAAGUCGUCUUGUGGGGAUUUAGAUGUUGUAAUUACUCAUCCUGAUGGCAAAAGUCAUGUAGGUUUUCUCUCAAAGUAUGUGAAGCUUCUAAAGGAGAUGAAGUUCUUGAGGGAGGAUUUGAUCUUCAGUGUUCACAGUGAAGAGGGCACCGAUUCAGGGGUAGACACUUAUUUUGGCCUUUGCACUUCUCCUGGACAGGAAUUGAGACAUCGUAUAGAUUUUAAGGUGUAUCCAAGGGAUAUAUAUGCAUUUGGCCUGAUAGCUUGGACAGGAAAUGAUGUCCUAAAUAGAAGGUUGAGACUCCUAGCAGAAUCCAAGGGCUUCCGGUUGGAUGAUACGGGGUUGUUUCCUGCCACCCAUGGCUCUGGUGGUAAACGGGGCAAAGGUAGUGCAAGUCUGAAAUUUCAAACAGAAAAAGAGGUCUUUGAUUUCCUUGGCUUUCCUUGGCUUGAACCACAUGAAAGGAAUCUAUGA